AUGCCUCCUGCGGCUGACGCCACCAGUCCAGAGGGCAGGCCUCGUGUUUCUGCUAGGCUUCAGAGCAGCUGCGAUGACAGCAGCAGCAGCACUCGGAGUGUGACCAAGAGCAGCAGAGCAAGUGCAGCUUCUGCGCCAAGGGUCGUCGCGCGCAGCCAGGAGCGCAGCGAGGCGUUGGCGGGGGGAGCUGCUCCCGACGAGCGACGGCAGUCCAAGAGUGCUUUCCAGCAGCCAAAACAGCCCCCCGAUCCUGAGGUGCCUUGCUCCUCCUCGUCGUGCACAGCAUCUGCGAAUCCAGCAGCUGCUAGCAAGGCUGCGAAGGAGACUGGAGGCGUUUGCCGUGUCCAUCCUAUCGAUCGUACGUCGCGCCUGUUCGGGAGGCACUAUUUAGCGCAGCUUCCAAACCGCAAAGCAGCAGGGAGCAAAUGCACUUGGCCUGCGGGUAGCAGGAACGACGCUUUUCUGAGCCGCGUCAUCUGUCUGUGCGCCGUGGUGCUGAUAACGUCCAUGGAGCAUAGCAUGCACUGCAGCAACUGCAAAGCCGUGCAGACGCACAACGAGAUUGAGGCCUCAAUUGACAAGCUUCCUGGCGAAUACGUCGCUGUCGAGAUGCUCGGUGAGCGCGGGGAGGGUUUGGUCAUGGCGGCAACGGGCACAGACGCCUGCACGGCGGAGCUGAUUCUGCUGUCCUUUGUGACACUCUUCCACACGCUUAUCAUCGACCUCAUGCUGCCGGUUAGGCCUGUCUGCGUAAUCUCGUCUUGCGUUUUUUUGUGCUGCGGGCUACUGGGCCGAGUGCAGACGGAGAUCUCCCAUAGGCAGCUCUACUUCCGCUGGCGCCGUUCAAUGUGCUUGCUGCGCGACACAGAACGUCAGCUGCGCUCGCAGCAUUCAGCUCGCACUGGUAUUGAAAAGUUGGCUCUGUUUGUGCGGCGCUCGGAGGCCCUGCUUCGCCGCGCUGCGGCGUCUGCCCCUCCGGACUCUGCUGCGGUUCAGGUAGCGAUCGAAGAAGUCGCAGACAUGCAGGCUAAAGUCUUAGAGAUCGUGACAGAUGUACACAAUGUGUACCGUGCGGAGAUGUCCACUGAGGAGCUGCGCGAGUUCAUCCGCUUCGUUCCCGAAGUCGAAGACUCAAACAUUCUCCUACCCAUUGAGUGGCGGCACCGCAGCCCCUCAUUAGCCACUGGCCCUUCAGCGGCUUCCACGACGAUUCGACAAGUCGCCGCUGCUGCUGCCGCUGCCGCUGCCCAUGCACCCCCUGUUGCUCCUGGGGUUGCCUCGUCUUCCGCGGGAGUUCCGGCGCUCGCGAUCGCACCAACUGCAGUGGCUGCAACGCUUUUCCCCAGCACGACUGCACGAGGCCAAGCCUCAGUAGCUUCUGCUGUUGCUACUCCGAUGUCGCUCACUCCUACCGGCGCUGGUGGCUCUCACCUAGAUGAUCCAGAGGGGCUUAUCGACAAGCUGCCUCCCUCUGCGGCUGAAGAGCUGAGGACGAAGUUGGGUACUACGUGGGACCUUGAUAUGCUCAUGAUCGAAGAGCAAUCAAAAAGCAACGCGCUCGUGAUUGUGGGCAACUUGAUGCUGCUGCCGCUGUUGCAGCGGGAAGGUUUGCAGUGCACGCGCAGCCAAGUCCGGUGCUUCGUGCAAAGGGUGCAGCAGCAAUACUGCAGCAGGAACCUGUAUCACAACGCAACCCAUGCGGCCAUGGUGGCGCACUGCUGCAGGUGUAUCGUUGGGGACGUGAUUCCCAACAAGAAGGACUUGACGUAUGCUGACGAGAUUUGCAUUGUAGUUGGCUGCAUUGCACACGACUUGGGCCAUCCGGGGCUGACGAAUCAGUAUCUCAUUAACGUUCGGUCCCCCUUGGCCAUUACAUAUAACGAUAUUUCGGUGUUGGAGAACUACCACGCAGCAUGCUGCUUUAGGACCGCCGCGGAACACGAUGGAAAUAUCUUUUUCGGCCUGAAAAAAGAAGUUUUCCAGUACAUUCGCCAACACACGAUCGAACUCAUCCUUGCCACCGAUAUGAAGAAGCACUUUGACUUCAUCUCCCACCUCAGAGUUCGCCGGCACACUCCGAACUUCGAUAUCAUAGAAAGCAACGAUGACAGGUGGAUGGUUUUCAAGGCGUGCAUCAAGGCUGCAGACUUGGCGCACGCAGCGACUAACUGGGAACAGCACAAGCAGUGGUCGGAAAGACUCGCUGAAGAAUUUUACUUGCAGGGGGAUGAAGAAAAGAGACUGGGGCUGCCAGUUUCAAAUCUCUGCGACAGACUCAGGAAGCACGAAUUUAGUCGAUCCCAGGCCGGUUUCCUCAAGGUGCUCGUGGAACCGCUAUUUACUGAAGUGGCAGCCGUCGUGUACAACUCGGAGGCGAAAGCGCGGGUGCAGAAUGUUAUUUGCAGACACAUUAAGCACAACAGAGAAAAAUGGGACUUGAUUGAUCAAGCACGCGAAGCUGCCGAUUCACAAAGUCCAAACCCCUAG